UUCAGUGUUGGCAUUACUCGGUAACUUGUUACCUAACCCCACUUUUUAAAAAGCAAACGUUACCCAAACGUACUCGCCAUAAACAAGAAAACACAAAAAUGUCGUACCUCUCGCGACGAGAAAUCGAAGACUUAAAACCUUCCAUAGACAAAGCCGUGUACAAAGUGCUCGGCAGCAGUGAUAGCUCCCUGGUCAGUACCGCUGUUCAUUGUUUAAAUUCAGGGUAUGAUAAGCGCAAAACUACUGACAAACUUUCGUCUUAUGUUGAUAGCAAAAAAGCUGCAAGAGUAGCCGACAAAAUUUUUGAUAUAAUAGAAGACUAUCAGUCGUCACAUCGUUCAAAAAAACGAUCGCACGAUGAAUCCAGAGAUCGAGACUCGAAGCGUUCGAAAUCGCGGCAUGACGAAAGGGACAAUAGAUAUGACUCGGACAGAAACGACAGGAAGUCUAAGUCGAACGAGGUCAUGGAAAGCGCCCAGAAGCAAAUUCAGGAGCGCAAGAGAGCCCUCGACAAAAACUUGAACCUUUCGAAUUUGAAUAUCCCCCAACCUAGUAUUUACGGAAUCCCGAUGGGGCUGCUGAACCGGGGCGACGCCGACAAGGCGCGGAAAAUCGCGCAGCUGCAGGCUCAAAUCAAGAGUAAACUGUCGAGCGGGAUUUUAGCUAAUGCUAUUCAGAUACCAGUGGUGCCUAAUAAACCGACACCGUUGAUCCUUGAUGAUGAAGGCAGGACGGUGGACAAAACGGGCAAGGCGGUGCAGUUGACGCACGUCGUGCCGACGCUUAAAGCCAACAUUAGGGCGCAAAAACGGGAGCAGUUUAGGAGUCAGUUGAGCGAUAAAGUUGAUGAUAGUAACGAGACUAAGUUUUAUGAUGGGCGCAUUGGGAUAAAGCCGCCGAUGAGGAAUAAGAGGAUGUUGAGGUUUCACGAGCCGGGGAAGUUUUUGCAACAGGCUGAGAGGCUUCGGAUGAAGGCGCAACUAGAAAAACUGCAAAAUGAAAUUUCACAAAUUGCGAAAAAGACGGGGAUUUCGUCGGCUACGAAGUUGGCGCUGAUUGCAAAGAGUGAAGGGGUUAUUGAAGAGACGCCGCAUAUGGAGUGGUGGGAUUCGGUUAUUUUGAUUGAUAAUUUAGAGACCAUGAUUAAUGGGAAGAUUGCUAUCAAGGAGUCGGUUAUUAACACUCUGGUGGAACAUCCUACCCAACUGAGGUGUCCAACCGACCCCAUCAAGCCCGUCUACAUGCCAGUAUUCCUCACCAAAAAAGAACGCAAGAAACUCCGCCGCCAAAACCGCCGCGAAAUGUGGAAAGAAGAGCAGGAGAAAAUCCGUCUAGGCCUCGAACCGCCCCCAGAACCCAAACUACGAAUCUCGAAUUUAAUGCGAGCUUUGGGCACGGAGGCCGUCCAAGACCCCACGAAAAUAGAAGCCCACGUCCGGGAGCAAAUGGCCAAACGACAGAAAGCCCACGAAGACGCCAACGCUGCAAGAAAACUAACCACCGAGCAGAAACGCGACAAGAAAAUAAAAAAACUCAAAGAAGACACUUCGUUGGGGGUGAACGUGUCGAUUUAUCGAAUCAGAGACCUCCACGAACUAGCUUCCAAGAAGUUCAAAGUGGAAACAAACGCGAAACAGCUGUUCAUGACCGGAUGUAUCGUGUUGUAUCCGGAUUGUUGCGUGGUAGUGGUGGAAGGUGGACCCAAGCAGCAGAAGAAAUACAAAAGGUUGAUGUUGAAUCGGGUCAAGUGGGAAGAGGACAUCGUGAAAGACCCAGAUGGGAAUGAAGUCCCGAAUAAGUGUUUUCUGGUCUGGGAGGGCACGAGUAAACAGAGAAAUUUCGGGGAGGUUAAAUUCAAGGCUUGUCCUACGGAAAGACUGGCCCGUGAGCACUUCAAGAAACACAAAGUGGAACACUAUUGGGAUUUGGCUUACAGUGGAGCUGUUCUAGAACAAGCCUGUGACGUUGUUUCAUAGUAACUAAGAUUGAUAGAUAGUAACAAUUGAACCAAUAUGUAUAUAUUGAUUUUUUUCAUUUAACUGUGUAAGCUGUAUUGGAAUAAAAUGGUUGAGUGUGUUUAA